AUGUCUACAGAGCAGGUAGUACAAACUGAGCAGCUGCAUGAAAAUUACCAUUUGGGGAAGUCUGCAGGCAUCAAAAGAGUCACUUUGAAGCUGAAAAGAAAUGCACUGACAUGCACAGAGGCACAUUUGAUGGGCAAGACACAGCCGCUAUAUAUACUCUAUGACAUCAUACCUAUCCUAGAGAAUAUUUUGGGGAUUUUCCGCAUUUUAUCGAGGUCACACUGCAGGAGAUACAGUGCCACCAAUGAGCCUGUGGCUGAGAUUCAAACUCAGCCCAUAACCUCGGCAGCCUGCCUGAUUAGGGCAGAAAGGGGCUUGGUGCACCAAUCAGAGUGGCCCGGCAUCCCUCUCGUGCCGUUCGGAGGUGCAACCAUGCCAAAUUUCCGCACAGAUGCACCUCCGAACGGCAUCUGGGCGCUUAUCAGGCGCUUAACCCAGGAAAAAGUGGAAAAAUGA